AUGUCUGGCGAAGAGAAGAGCCGCGUCUCUGGCGAGACUUCCCGCUCUGCGAACUCGCCCGUCCUUCCUACCGUCAACCCUCAAGCUGAGAAGGGCCAGCGACAGGCUGGCUUCUCCAUCCACCCAGCUUUCUAUGUCGUUGUCUGGAUUGCUUGCAGCUCCUCCGUUAUCCUGUUCAACAAAUGGCUGCUCGACACCCUCAACUUCCGCUACCCUGUCAUCCUCACCACGUACCAUCAGGUCUUCGCCACUGUCAUGACCCAGGGCAUGGCUCGCUUUACCACACUCCUAGAUGGUCGUAAGAAUGUCAAGAUGACCGGCCGCGUAUACCUCCGAGCUGUCGUUCCUAUCGGUCUCUUCUUCAGUCUGAGCUUGAUUUGCGGCAACUUGACGUACCUGUACCUGUCCGUUGCUUUCAUUCAGAUGCUCAAGGCCACCACCCCUGUUGCCGUGUUGAUUUCUGGCUGGUGCCUCGGUGUUUCCAAGCCAAACCUCAAGCAGUUCCUCAAUGUCUCUGCCAUUGUCGUCGGUGUCAUUGUCGCCUCCUUCGGCGAGAUUCACUUCGUUCUCGUCGGUGUUCUGUACCAGAUUGCUGGUGUCAUUUUCGAGGCCCUCCGUCUUACCAUGGUUCAGAGACUUCUCAGCUCUGCCGACUUCAAGAUGGACCCUCUCGUGUCUGUGUACUACUUUGCCCCUGUCUGUGCCCUGAUGAACGGACUUGUUGCCCUCAUCUGGGAAGUCCCCAAGGUCACCAUGGACGAGGUUUACCACGUUGGUCUUUUCACUUUCUUCCUCAACGGCUGCUGCGCCUUCAUGCUUAACGUCUCCGUCGUUCUUCUGAUUGGCAAGACCUCCGCUGUUGUUCUCACCAUCUGCGGUGUCCUCAAGGAUAUUCUCCUGGUCAUUGCCUCGAUGAUGAUCUGGGGAACCCAAGUUACCGGACUCCAGUUCUUCGGUUACUCCAUUGCUCUGGGCGGUAUGGUUUAUUACAAGCUUGGCUUUGAGCAAAUCAAGGGUUACGUUGGUGAGGGUAACCGCCAGUGGGCCGAGUUCGGUGCCCGCAAGCCUGUUCUCCGCAAGCUUACGAUCAUCAUCGCAUCUGCCUUUGUUCUGUUCACCCUCUUCGGUGGAUUGGCCCCUACCUACGCUCCUGAGUACGACCCACGCAAGCUCAGCCUUAGCAGCAACCCCUGGGCCAAGCCCGGAGUGAAGAACUAG